AUGCUUAUGGACAAUAUCUCUGUGACUAGAUGGAAAACCCCCUCCAAUCCUCCUAACUCGGUUGAUCGGAGAAUUGUGGAACACUGGAAGCUCCCCUCAGAGUUUAAGCUCUUCAACAACACUUCAAAGAUCAACAGAAAAAGGACCAAAUGGUUAUCCCCAAGUCCCUCUUGGCAUAAACUAAAUUUUGAUGGGUCAGCACAAAAUAUUUGGCAAGCAGGAGGUGGAGUUAUUUGUGAUCAUCAAGGGACCACUAUUGUUGCCUAUGCCGGUAGCCUGAAGAAUCCUAUUGUCACUCAAGCUGAGGGAAUGGCUCUCCUAUGGGGUCUGAAGUUGGCCACUGCUAUAGGUAUUAGACAACUGGAAAUUGAAGGUGAUUCUAAAGUAAUUGUGGAAGCUAUCAGUGGUAGAUCUAUAGUGGGUUGGAAAGUGGAAUCUAUUUUGAGGGAUGCAAGAAUGUUUCUGGCUAACCUUGAUAGUUUCACUAUCUACCGCAUUUUGAGAGAAGGGAAUGCGGAUGCUGACUCUAUGGUUGUUAUUGGUAGGUUGUAA